AUGACUGAACAGGAAGACUUUGCCAGCUUGGUUGGACACUGGAAUGCCUCAGACGCCUACCAGUUCAGUCCAGCUAGCGUGAUCGUCUCGGUCGUCUUCUCCCUCAUUUUUCUGCUGGGCACAGUCGGCAACAGCCUGGUCCUGGCUGUGCUGCUGAGGAACAGGCAGCUGGGCCACAACAGCACAAAUCUGUUCAUCCUGAACCUCAGCCUGGCUGACUUCUUCUUCAUCAUCUGCUGUGUGCCUUUUCAGGCCACCAUCUACUCCUUGGAGGGCUGGGUCUUCGGGUCCUUCAUGUGCAAGGCUGUCCACUUCUUCAUCUACCUCACCAUGUAUGCCAGCAGCUUCACGUUGGCCGCCGUCUCUGUAGACAGGUAUUUGGCCAUCCGAUACCCUCUGCGCUCCCGGGAGUUGCGGACACCCUGCAACGCGGUGGCAGCUAUGGGGGUCAUUUGGGGCCUCUCCGUGGUCUUUUCGGGGCCCUACCUGAGCUACUACGACCUGAUCGAAUGGGAAGCCAGCUACAUCUGUGUGCCGGGAUGGGAGGAAUGGAAGCGGAAGAUCAUGGACACCUGCACCUUCACCUUCGGUUACAUGAUCCCGGUGCUGAUUGUCAGCCUCUCCUACACCAGGACAAUUAAAUACCUCUGGACAGCUGUGGAUCCCCUGGAGGAUAUGUCCGAGUCUAAGAAGGCCAAGCGCAAAGUGACCAAGAUGAUCAUCAUUGUGACUGUCCUCUUCUGCCUGUGUUGGCUGCCCUACCAUGUAGUCGUGCUCCGCUAUCUCUACGGAGACUUUCCGUUCAAUCAAACCACCUAUGCCUUCCGGCUCCUCUCCCACUGCAUGGCCUACGCCAACUCUUGCCUCAACCCCAUCGUCUACGCCCUGGUUUCUAAACACUUCCGCAAGGGGUUCAAGAAGGUCUUCAGCUGCCUCCUGCAGAAGAAAACACGGAACAGGGUCCAUUUCGUCCUCGGCGCCCAUGCCGUGCCCAGCUUCAAUGCAGGUUCAACGGAAGUCUCUCAAAUGAACGAGGACCACAACAGACAGCUGAACGGAUGUGAACUGUAUCCGAGGUCCCUCAUGGUCCCAUCGGGACCCACCAUGACCCUCCAUGUUUCUUAG